CCCACAUCAGAAAUACUUCACGAGAGAGGCAGAGGAAGCGAUGAUGCCGAUGGAGACGACGAUUGCCCCGCCGUCGACCAAGGCCGCGGCGACGACAGUGGUGGCCACGGCUGCGGAAUAUGGCAAGCUUGCGCCUUUAAACCCGGAUGACCUGAAACUCCCACCUCCGCCGCCGAGCGCCGCCGCCAAAGUCCGAAAGGACAACGAAGCGCUAUCGCUGUCUGAAGUCUGGGGCGAAAUCAAGGGAAAAUUUCACGAAAGCGUCACGGGGACGUCCGUGUCGGGCAUUCUCAACGCGAUCCGCAUCUGUAACUUUAUCAUGGCUGGCGGGAUGAUCGCGAUUGCCAUCUUGGAGAUGCUCAACAAGGAUAGUUUCGGCAGCGCAAUCAGCAGCGUCAUGGCCGUGGUCUACACCAUUCUCUUUGGGCUGAUCUUGAUCGGGUAUGAAUCUCGCACCAAGUCGGGCGACGAGUUUUUGCGCGCCAACUACGGCUUCCUGUACAACCCUUGGGGUCGUUGCCUCUUCCUGUGCAUGAUCUCCAUCUUCCCCUUUGGCAUGUUCAGCCCAUACGGGUGGAUGUUCUCCCUCUUUGGCUUUGCCAACGCGUACUUCAACUACUUUGUCAUCACCAAGCAUCCCUCGUUCACCAGCGGCGUUCCGGACUAUGAGCCCCCUGCCGUGAAUACGGUUGUGUAAACUUGUUUCGAAGAUGGCUAUUUUAUCAUCCACAGCGACAGCGCCUUCGGCAGUGUCAUAAGUGAUGUGAUUUGCUCGAGUUUUUCGACUCCUUCGCGUCGUAUGCUACAGGGAACCCCCUCUCCGGGCGGUCCUCUCCUGAGAUAUCGCAUCCAUUGUGUUUAACUCUUGGACGGGAUUAUGAGCAUAUGCAUCCCUAGCACACAUGAAGUUGCGCUGGAAUCUCACAGCUGCUGUCAGGGUGGCGCACCGCCGCGGCGAAAGAUUCAGCAGCGUCAACUUGAUGUUGCGGUCCCAUAUCGUGGUAUAACUUGACUGGCUAUGGAUCAAAAUAUAUCUAUGCGUUUUUUCA